CCGGGGAGAAGGCGCCGUCGGCCGCCCCCGUCCCCACCGCGGCCGUCGCUGGAGAGCUCGAGCCGCCUAGCGCCCCUGGAGCUCCCCAACCAUGAAGCCCAACUUCUCCCUGCGACUGCGGAUCUUCAACCUCAACUGCUGGGGCAUUCCGUACUUGAGCAAGCACCGGGCCGACCGCAUGAGGCGCCUGGGAGACUUUCUGAACCUGGAGAGCUUCGACCUGGCUUUGCUGGAGGAGGUGUGGAGUGAGCAGGACUUCCAGUACCUGAGACAGAAGCUGUCACCUACCUACCCAGCUGCACACCACUUCCGGAGUGGAAUCAUUGGCAGUGGCCUCUGUGUCUUCUCCAAACAUCCAAUCCAGGAGCUCACCCAGCACAUCUACACUCUCAAUGGCUACCCCUACAUGAUCCAUCAUGGUGACUGGUUCAGUGGGAAGGCUGUGGGGCUGCUGGUGCUCCAUCUAAGCGGCAUGGUGCUCAACGCCUAUGUGACCCAUCUCCAUGCCGAAUACAAUCGACGGAAGGACAUCUACCUAGCACAUCGUGUGGCCCAAGCUUGGGAAUUGGCCCAGUUCAUCCACCACACAUCCAAGAAGGCAGACGUGGUUCUGUUGUGUGGAGACCUCAACAUGCACCCAGAAGACCUGGGCUGCUGCCUGCUGAAGGAGUGGACAGGGCUUCAUGAUGCCUAUCUUGAAACUCGGGACUUCAAGGGCUCUGAAGAAGGCAACACAAUGGUACCCAAGAACUGCUAUGUCAGCCAGCAGGAGCUGAAGCCAUUUCCCUUUGGUGUCCGCAUUGACUACGUGCUUUACAAGGCAGUUUCUGGGUUUUACAUCUCCUGUAAGAGUCUUGAAACCACUACAGGCUUUGACCCUCACAGUGGCACCCCCCUCUCUGAUCAUGAAGCCCUGAUGGCUACUCUGUUUGUGAGGCACAGCCCCCCACAGCAGAACCCCAGCUCUACCCACGGACCAGCAGAGAGGUCGCCGUUGAUGAGUGUGCUAAAGGAGGCCUGGACGGAGCUGGGUCUGGGCAUGGCUCAGGCUCGCUGGUGGGCCACCUUCGCUAGCUAUGUGAUUGGCCUGGGGCUGCUUCUCCUGGCACUGCUGUGUGUCCUGGCGGCUGGAGGAGGGGCCGGGGAAGCUGCCAUACUGCUCUGGACCCCCAGUGUAGGGCUGGUGCUGUGGGCAGGUGCAUUCUACCUCUUCCACGUACAGGAGGUCAAUGGCUUAUAUAGGGCCCAGGCUGAGCUCCAGCAUGUUCUAGGAAGGGCAAGGGAGGCCCAGGACCUGGGCCCAGAGCCUCAGCCAGCCCUACUCCUGGGGCAGCAGGAGGGGGACAGAACUAAAGAACAAUAAAGCUUGGCACUUUA